AUGGAUUAAAAUAGAAAUAUACAAAUUAGUGAUAAAUCCCUUUAAGGAAAUCUUCCUUUGAUUUUACCAGGGCAACCUCCUACUGAUAAUGAAAAAUUAAAUAAAUUUGAAGAUGAAAUUUAAGUUAAUCAGACUUAACAACCUUCCAAGAGCAAUAUUUGUAGCAUCAAUGCUCUUAAUCAAGAAAACAAUGCUUUGCCAUUUUUCGCAGAAAAUACUCAAGCUAACUAAAAUAUAGUUACUGUGAAGGUCAAUUCUUCUAAAAAGAAGUGGAUUAUCGGCUUAGCAAUUUUACUAGCUAUUGGUGCCAUUUUAGGUGUUGUUUUGGCCUUAACUUUGAAAUCGAAUAAUCAAAGUGAUUUUUAAGAAGUAAUUAAAAUACCUACAACAUAUGCUAAAUAUAAAUCAAUGGUUGAUGAAGGUUAAGAUAAUAACCUAGUCAAAAUGAUGCAUGUUCCAAAAAGCUAGAAAAUUUAUGAAUAUAAACUCUACAAUAAUUAAACUACAAUGUCAGGAGAUGGUUAGAAAUCAGUUACUAACUCGCUAAUUGUUCACUAAUUUGGCUUGAUAUGCUCUGAUGUAACAAAAGAUGAGUUUAAAAUGUUUAUCUAUAUUAUUGAUACUAAAAUGUAUGAAAAUGACAAGCUUAGCAGUUAACUAACAGGAUUCACCAAAAUAUAAGAAAAAGAAAUGGCAGCUGGAGCUAAGAGAAAUUUACAACAAGCUUAACAGGAUGUUCAAGAUAGUAUGCUUGAAGGUGAUGAAUUCUUGAAUGAGGAAUCUAAUAAAUCUCUUGAAAAUGAAUACGCUCCUUUGAAUGAAUAGGAAAUAAAACUACUAGCUUCGAAAGGUAUUUCUGCUGAUCAAUAUUACGCUUCAAGAUAUCCUAUAAUUUAAUUCACUUUGGAUAAGAAUAGUAAAGUCAAAUAAGUAUAACAACCUGUUAACUUACGUUUAGACAUCUUUUAGGUUUAUUUAAAUAUAAUCGAACAAGUUACACCUAUUGUUCAAAGUGAUUUAUACAAGAUUACUGAUCAAAAUGGAAAUAAGAGAAGAAUGCUUUUAAAUUACGAAUAAAGAAUUUUGAGUGGUGAAAAAGUUUAACCACAACUUUAGGCUAAUAUGGAUAAAAAUGGCUAAGCAAAUUUGAACAAAUAAUAUGAACAAAAUAAGGUCAACGAUAAUAAUUCCACUCAAAAAGCGAAUUAUAUUUAAGACUCUGUUAUCUAAAAUGGUGCUCUUCUUGAAAGUAAAGCUAAAUCUAACUUCAAGAUCGAAGACAAUAAAGUAGAAGAAAAUGAAGAAAUGCCUUUAUUCAAAGGUAUAGAAAUGAAUUCUGAAUGCAAAAUCUCUUUUGUGAGCUAGGAAGAUGAAGUUGAUGAUAAUUUUAUCAAUUUAAUUACCACUACUUUUGAGGGUAUGAGUAUUCUUUCUCAAACAUAUGAUGAAGCUAUAGACACUUACAACACUAUUUUUAACACAUCUACUUAAGAUGGUGAAUCAUAAACAGAUAUGGAUGGUGAAAUAAUGACUGGUAGCAGAUUACUUGCUUAAAAAAAUAAUAAUCUAUCUCCGCCUAUUUAAAAACCUAUUUUCAGAAAGAAUGUUGCUUCAUUCGAAUUUGGCGCUGAUGUAAGAGCCGAGUGUAAGGAUUCAGGACGUAUGAACAAACAAGAUAUUUGCUCAAUUGGUCUAUACAGUUUCUUUAAUGGUGCUUCUGUUAAGCUUGUAGAGAGAUAAACCAAAGUUAAUGUAUCUAAAAUUCUGAAACUCUAUCAGUACAUCUAGCAUAUGGUUAAAGAUAAACUUGAUAUAGUCAAAGAAAAUGUAACUGGAAGACUUACAAGAAUUAAAAACAGCAUAGAUAAAUUAAUGGAUGAUUUCGAAACUGUUAUAACUGUAGAAAAAAAUCCUCUUUUGAAAGUUAUUUAUGAUGGUGUGAACAAUGAUGAGCUAUAAAUUUUUGAUUUAAUUUCUAAAUUUGAGCAGGUCCUUUAAGCUUCAGUCACAACCAUCAGCAAAAUUAUCAAGGAUCCAUUAAAUAAUUUGAAGGAAAAAAUUUUAGGAUUUUUAUCUAGAAAAAAUAUGAUAAUUGAAAGUUAAAUGAAUUACAUUCAAAAUAUUCUUGUUGAUAAGUUAUCAGAAACCAAAAAACUUAUAGACUCAUAAACUAAGGGUCUUCCUGCUGGUGUAGAAGAAUAAAUCAAGCUCGUUUUGGAAACUCUUGAAGAUUUAUUGGAGCAAAUAAUUUACUAGCCUCUUUCAUAGCAUUUUGAUGCAGUAGAAGAUUUUGCUUUAAAAUAAAUUAAUGUAAUAUUUGGCUCUAUCAGCGAAGUUGAUAAAUAUGUCUCAACUUAGGAUGUACCUAAAGAUGCUUAAGAAACUCAAAAAAAAUUAAAAUAAAUAAUAGGAUCUUCUUAAGUUAUAGAUACAAUUAAAUCUAUUAUCAACAAGACUGUUAAAACAAUUUCUGAGUAACACAAAGUAUCAGAUUAAAUGCUUAAAGUAAUAAAAUAAUCUGUUAAUGAUAUGAAAUUAGAGAUUUAUCUAAAGCUUAAAGACCUUAAGACCAAAUAUCCUGAAUCUAAUUCAGAUAGUCCAAGCAAUGAAAUUUAAGCCUUUUUAAGUUCAUUCUCUGAAAUUUACAAUUUUAAUUUUGACCUAACAACUGGAAUCAAAGAGUGGAAGUAAGAUGUAUAAGAUAUAGUUAAAACAAUUAGGAAACUUCAAGAAAAGAGAAUUCUUACAUUGAUUAAAAGCUUAUUUAAAUAAGUAACUCAAUUUCCUAAAAAUUUAGUGAUUUAAUUAGUUAAAUAAGGAAAGGAAACUGUUUCAAAAGCUAAAAGCGCUGCUAUUUAAAUGAAAGAAGAUAUUAUUAAAUUAAAAAAUAACGUGUUUGAAAACAGUAAGAAUAUUCUUGAUGAUUUAAAAGGCUUGUUUGCUGAGCUCAAGGCAUUUGUAUCAAAAACUCCUAAGCCUGAUGAUAAUGAUUCAAAAUUUUAUGAGACACCUCUUUUUGAUGAAAUAAAAGAUAUUGUAGAAUCUGUUUAGGCUAUUGUUUCCUACAAUUAUGGAGAAAUAGGAUAGACUUUUAAAAGAUUCUCUGGAAUUCCAAGCAAAUUUUAGAAAUUUGUUGAUGACCUAAAGCUUCUAGGUAAAUAGUGUAUGAACUAUUUUGGUCAAAUUAAACUUUCUAUUACUGGUAUAUAUAUUGAUUAAAAGCAAGCUUGGAAUGAUAUUAGAGCUUAGUUUGAAUAGCCUAAGACUGAAAUUACAUAAUAAAUAUAAGAUACAUUUGAAGAUGAAUACAAUAAAAGUCUAAAUAAAGAAGUUGUUUCAGAAUUAAGCCAAGAUAUUAAUGGCUUGUAAAUCAAUCAACUAGAAACUUAUAAAUAGGAUGUUCAAAAAUAAAGCUUUGAUGUCAACAAAUUGUUCUAAAACCUUAUUGAAAAGCUUAUUACUGAAGCAAAUUUUGAAAAAAUAAUAGAACCUUUUGCUCAAAAAAUACCAUUCUAAUACACUUACUUAUAUCCUACUCCUAUAGGAUUAAGUCUUGUAUUAAGGCUAUAUGCUAGUUGGGAUACUUCAUUAUAAUUCAAAGUAAGUUUAAAAAAUGCUAUCCUUGAUCUUGGAGCGGGAGUUUCUACUAAAGUAACAAUAGGAGGAGAAGUAGGGGCUAGUGCUUAUGUAGCAGAAGUAGGUGGUUAUGCAGAGGGUACUUUCCUAGAAACUUCUCUUAUGGUAGGCCUAGACUUUAAAGUUCUAGAAAAGUUUAAAGGUUCAUUUUAUAUAGAUGGAAGUUUUAAACCCUAUCAUAUCAAAAUUGGUAUUUAUUACAAGACUAUUUUUAGUUUGGAAAAAAUAUCAUGCGAUUUAAGUAGGAGAAGAAGAAAUUUAAAAAGGUCCUCUUCAUUAAAAAAUUUCUUUAAAAAAGCUGUAAAUGCAGUAGUAAAAGCCGCAAAGGUAAUUGCUAAAGCUGUUUAAAAAGUAAUUAAAUGCAUAUCUACUAUUGAAAUUGAACAAAAAAGACAUGAUAUCAUUAAUCCUAUCGAUAUAUAAGGGCCUACAUUCUCAAAACGUUUGGUAGAAUUAAAAUUCUGA